GAUAACUACAGCAUAUGAGGAGUACGUUGGAUAAAUCAUUUUUUGUCUUGCUCCUUUCGAUCGUCUUGGAAGUGUGUCUCGCACAGAACACCACACGAAAGCCUCCAUACACACAUACGCGAAUAGUAACUCAUCCAAGUACUGAACCGUUUCCAGCAAGCGAUACAAAACGCGUUUCAAAUAAUAUCACAAAGACGCGAAUAGUAGUCUCUCAAAGAACUGAGCCCUUUGCAGCGAGUACUACACAUAGGGACAUCGCACAAACGCAAAAAGUAGCAUCGCAAAGAAGUGAGCCGUUUGCAGCUAACACUGUGCAGAGUUUUUCGAGUAAAAAUAACCAGAGACGAAUAGUAAGCUCUCAAAGUGGGCCGUUCGCAGCUGACACCACAAAAAGUUUCUCGAAUAGAAUUGACCAGACGCGAACAGUAACCUCUACAACUAAGCCGUUUGCAACUAGUAUUGCGCGGAGUUUCCCGGGCAAUAACAACCAGACGCGAGUUAUAGCUAUGCCGUUCGCAAAUGACAUCACAAAAACUUCGAAAAUCGACCAGACGCGAACAGUAAACUCCACAACAAGUAAGCCGUUUGCAACUGAUACUGCGCGGAUUUUUCCGAGCAAUAAUAACCCGGCGCGAGAGGUAAGCUCUCAAACUGGGCCGUUCGCAACUGACAUCACAAAAAGUUUCUCGAAUAGAAUUGACCAGACGCGAACAGUAACCUCUACAACAAGUGAGCCGUUUGCAACUAAUACUGCGCGGAUUUUCCCGAGCAAUAAUAAUCCGACGCGAGUGAGUUCUUUAAGCUCUCAAAGUAAGCCGAUCGUAGCUAACACCGCGGGCAGUUUCUCGAAUAGCAUUGACCAGACGACGCGAAUAGUAGUUUCGCACAGAAAUGAGUCAUUUGCGGAGACCACUACGCAGAAUUCCUUAAACAGUAUAACACAAACGCGAAUAGUAGCUUCGCACGGAAAUGAACCAUUUGCGGAGACCACUACGCAGAACUCCUUGAACAAAAUAACACAAACGCGAAUAGUAGCUCCUCACAGAACCGAUCUAUUUGCGACAACCACUACGCAGAGUUCUUUGAAUAGUAUAACACAGACACGAAUAGCAACUCCUCCAAAAGCCGAAUUCGAAGCGGACACACAAAGUUCGGCAGUAAUUACACAAACAACACCGAUCUCAAGAACUGAACCGGCUAUCGUGAGUGCUGCUCAGAGGUCUUUCAAUGUUACACAACCCCGAAUACCAGUUCUUCCACGAACUGGGCCGUGUGUUCUAAAUGAUGACGGCAUGAAUUGCACUGAAGCAGGUUACUACGAGACUGUGCAAUGUGACGCAAAUGGCUGCUUUUGUGUAGCCGCUCAUAACGGCUUGAUAGCCUACGACACUCGCACGGAUAGCAAUAGGAUCGCACCAAAAUGCUCAAACUGCCAUAACACCCUGAAACGCAUAUUUGCCGCAGGUGAUCCACCAAAAAACACAUCUAUACCCAAGUGUGAUGUUUCCUUAGGAAACUACGAGCCACUGCAGUGUGAUGCAAGGCAAGAGUAUUGCUAUUGUGUUGACCCUGUCACUGGAAGAGAAUUGCCAAAUACGAGGAAACGAAAGGAGAAAAAUCAGCGGAUAAAAUGUGACAACAUGGACUUUUCUCUCGAUCCUGCUUUGUCAACGCCUGAGAUUUUUCAACCACAAGAGCGAUAUCCAGUAGGGAAAGAAAGUUGUAAACUAGACCGAGACAGAGGAAGAACAUGCAAUGGCGUAAAACCCUCUAUUAGAUAUUACUUCGACUAUCAGACAUUUGCUUGUUUGGCUUUUGAAUACCUCGGCUGCGGCGGCAAUGAGAACAACUACAGAACCUCCUCGGAUUGUUCAUUUGAUUGUAAACUUCAAGACCUCUCGGGAUGCGGUGGGAUGUAUCCGGCAGCGCGAGGAACAAAUGGUCAAGCUUUGAUAUGCGGAAAUCUUUUUCCUACAAUUAUAUCGUAUCCGCCAGAUCCUGCGCGCCCUUCUACUCUGCCUCCACCCAGAAACGGUCCAAAAUUGAAUGAAGACGGUUGCCCGAAGGACCAUAAAUGCGUAAUGGGAGCUUUUUUCGGUUUUUGCUGCAGCAAGGCAAACGAGGAUCGAUGGGAUAAGGCUUAUCACCCAACAUGCCCCAAUGGACGACCACCAUACUCUGAGAUGCGAGAUGGUUGGCAAGAAACACGGUUUGGUAAAUCCUGUAAAGAUCGCUUCUGUCCCACGAAUUACACAUGCCAUGAUUCCUACAUUUUUUCAUAUUGCUGCUAAUCAGAUGUACAGAAUUUUAUAUCAUGUCUAUCGUACUCUGUAUCAAAUAUCGGUACUGAUAAAGGACUAUGAUGUCU